CGCUCAUGCACUCGUCAACCGCGCACCGUUAUCUGGGCCAAACUGUCAUCUAGAUCCCAGAUCCCAGAUCCCAUCUUCCCCAGCCGAAAACCGGGCUUUCUCAAACCACACACGGCGGGCCUCGGUGAUUUUCUCAGCGGGCCAAACGGAGAGCAUACCUCCUCUGUUUUCCUAAGAAGAGAAAAAGCUUUUAUCGGGACAUUUUCUCUGCAAUUAACAAGAAGGCGCAAGAUGAAGCUGGACAGGGGUUGGAUAUGGGGCCUGCUGCUCCUGUUCUCCCUUGCUGGGGCAGCUGCGGCAGCCCAGGAGAAGCAGUUGGAGCUUGAUGUUUCGGACAUCGAUGAAGAUAUGGGGUUGGACAAUGAGGAAUUGAAUGAUCUGCUGGCAGGAGAGGACGAGGAAGAGGAGAUGGAGAUGGAGAUGGAGGAGGAGGAGGACGAUGAGGCGACAGUGAUGGAUGAAGAUCAAGCUGAUAAGACAGACGGGACAGCCAGUGGGAAGGCUGGAGUGGAUGCUAAUGUCUCCUUCCAGGUAACUUACAAGACUCCUGUUCCCACUGGAGAAGUCUACUUUGCAGAGACGUUUGAUGAUGGAUCCCUGGACAGAUGGCAGCAGUCAAAGACAGUGAAGGAGGAUGCGGAGGAUGACAUCGCCAAAUAUGACGGGAAGUGGGCUGUGGAGCAGCUGAAGGAGAACAAGAUUCCAGGAGACAAAGGUCUGGUGCUCAAGUCCCGGGCCAAACACCACGCCAUCUCCUCCAUGCUGAACAAACCCUUUGUCUUCCAGGACGAUACUCUGGUCGUACAGUAUGAGGUGAAUUUCCAGGAUGGUAUUGACUGUGGUGGCGCAUACAUCAAACUGCUCUCUGACACCAGCGAUCUCAAUCUGGAGCAGUUCCAAGACCGUACCGCCUACAGCCUCAUGUUUGGACCUGACAAGUGUGGUGAGGACUACAAGCUGCACUUCAUCUUCCGCCACCUCAACCCUCUGAACAAAGACACGGAGGAGAAGCACGCCAAGAGGGCCGACGUGGACCUCAAGAAGUUCUACACUGACAAGAAGACUCACCUCUAUACUUUGGUCCUGAAACCAGACAACAGUUACGAGAUGUUAAUCGACCAGUCCAGCGUGAGCCGCGGCAGCCUGCUGCAUGACGUCAUUCCUCCGGUCAACCCCCCCAAGGAGAUCGAUGACCCAUCUGACUCCAAGCCCGAGGACUGGGACGAGAGGGCCAAGAUGCCUGAUCCUGAGGCCGUCAAACCAGAAGACUGGGAUGAAGAAGCUCCUGCUAAGAUUGAGGACCCUGAAGCCUUGAUGCCAGAGGGCUGGCUGGAGGACGAACCAGAGUUUGUCCCCGACCCUAUCGCAGAAAAACCAGAAGACUGGGACGAGGAGAUGGACGGGCAGUGGGAAGCCCCUCAGAUUCCCAACCCGGCCUGCGAGACGGCCCCCGGCUGCGGGGAGUGGAAGCGCCCCACGAUCAACAACCCUCAGUACAAAGGAAAGUGGAAGGCCCCUCUGGUGGACAAUCCCAACUAUCAGGGAGUCUGGAAGCCGCGUAAGAUCGAUAACCCGGACUAUUUCGAGGACCUGCAGCCGUUCAGGAUGACUCCUUUCAAAGCCGUGGGCCUGGAGCUGUGGUCCAUGACCUCAGAUAUCUACUUCGACAACUUCAUCAUCACCUCUCACAAGGAGGUGGCCGACCGCUGGGCCUCGGACAGCUGGGGGCUGAAGAAGCUGGUGGCCAGCGCCAAUGAGCCGGGGAUCUUCGCUCAGCUGACGAUCGCAGCAGAGGAGCGGCCGUGGCUCUGGGUGAUCUACAUCCUGACGGUCGGCCUGCCGAUAGGACUGGCUGUGCUCUUCUGCUGGCCAAAGAAAUCAGACGACGAAUACGUGUACAAGAAGGUGGAUCCUCCCCGAGCUGAUAUAGAGGAAGAGGAGGAGGACGACGAAGAGGAGGAUACAGCAGCCGAUGAAGACAAAGCAGCCGAGGGAACAGAAGGAGCAGCAGCUGCAGCAACCGAAGAGGCUGAGGACGAGGAAGAGGAGGAAGAGGAGGAUGAAGAUGAAGUCGAAGCAGGAGGCGACAAUCUAGAAGGGGAUGAUGAUGAAGAGGAAGAAGAGGAGGAGGAAGAGGAGGAAGAAGAGGAGAGCAAAGCUCCUGAGAGAACAUUAGAAAAGGAGAAGGAGGGCGGAGACGUCACCGAGGAGAGCCACAAACAAGCCGUGAGGAAGAGGAGGGUACGGAAAGACUGAAGAGGUGAACCCCCCCACAUCUACACUAUCUCCUGUCUCCCCCCCCAAAGCGGAGGAGGUUGAAAGGCCGUCUUUGCUGCUGCUGCUCCGCCUCCUCUGAGUGGAGCAGCAUGCGUUUCCUCCACACCACCUGGUAGCCUGCAGUCCCCGUCCCCCCCCUCCAGCUGCCCGCUCACAGGGCAGUGUCUCCCAAACCACAUCCUGCAUCCUCCCCCGUCUUGUUUCGACUCCCCCCUCCUGCCUGCUUAUCGAACUAUGAGAAGAAUCCUUUGGAGAUUCUGCUCGUUCUAGAUGUUGUUCCUCUUCUUUCCUGAGCUUUCCUUUUUUCCAUCUUCUCUUCUCUAAGCCAUUGCUAGCCUAAAAAAAUCCCCCCCCCCCAAAAAAAGCUGUCCACUCCACUUGUUCCUUCCAUUACACAGCAUAUCACAUGGGCUACAUCUCACCAGUUAGUUAUUUUUCAUGUCCUUGAAUUCAAGAAUAAAGUUCCUUCGUGUUUUGAAAUUGUUCGGGUUUUGACAGUCCGGGGGGGGGGGGGGGACACAGUUUAGGUUUAAAAGUUAACCUCAAUAAAACUCCACAUUCUGUUUUAGAUUUUAGCUAGUUUGUAAGGAGCAUCAUUUACUUUUAUAAUUUAUCAAUGGAGGAUUAUCACAGCUGGUCCUAUCUGUAUGUUUUAUGCUGGUAUGAAUUCAGUUUUAAUAAUGCAGUGUUUCCAGCGACUUAAGGCAGUUUUCUUGAAUAUGAUUAUUCUGAACCUAGGCCUGUUUGAAAUGCUUUACCUGAUUAAAAAAACAAAACACUGAAUGCCUUGGCCAUCAGUUGUCAAUAAGACUGUUUCUACAUCAAACAGCUGGAUAUAUUAACCCUGUGAAAACACGUCUCAAUCUGUCAGUACACAGCAGUGCUUUCGCAGAAUAUCAGUUCACACCCCAGAUUGUUGCCUGGGGGAAACAUUGAUGCUAAUUUAUUUUGUUUUAUAUUAUUGUCUCGAGCUUUUGUAGUUCAUGUUCUUGCCACAUUCUGGCAGAUAUCCCUGUUUACAUUUGUUUGCAAAUUGUACAUUGCUCUUGGAAAUAAAAAUAUUGAAUA